UGUGUGUGUGUGUGUGUGUGUGUGUGUUUUAACAAGCACCUCUCCGGCCCUCGCUUUAUUUAACCACACGAGCGGAUCGGGGCCAUUUGUGCGUCUCCACGACGCAGCGCGCACGACGUCUCCUCCUGUUCCCUCUCUCCGUUUUCCAUCCAGCACUUUUUCCCCACUUUUCUCCUGUUUCUUUUUUUUUUCAUUUGGGACGUGAUAGGAUUUCUUACAGUUGCCUUAAUGAAGUUUUAAGAAGGAACAAAGGAAUAGUGAAACAAGUUUGGGCGCAGAACGAAGCAAGGACUCACGCGCUACAAAGCCGAAUUUUUGACUUUGCUCCAUCGCUUGCAACUUUUUUUCGCAGACUUCCAAAGUUUUUUGCCCCUGCCUGGUACUGCCCAGCUCUCUCAGCUCUCCGCCUGCGGUGAAGUUUCACACACACACACACACACACACACACACACACACACACACACACACACACACACACACACACACACACACACACACACACACACACACGCGCCCGCGCGCGCCCCAGCCGUACGGACUGCCUGCACUAUAAAAACCAGGGGAAAAAAUCAUGAUGAGCAACAACACGUACUACGAGCAGCAGCAGUUUCAGCAGCCGCCGCAGUAUUACUACCAGGACGGCGAGGACGGAGGCGGAGAGGAGGAGAUGCCCGCCACCGAGAAGGACCUGGCCGAGGACGCGCCGUGGAAGAAGAUCCAACAGAACACGUUCACCAGGUGGUGCAAUGAGCACCUGAAGUGCGUGAACAAGAAGAUCGGAGACCUGCAGAAAGACCUGAGCGAUGGCCUUAAGCUCAUCGGGCUUCUAGAGGUGCUGAGCCAGAAAAAGAUGUACAGGAAGUACCACGCCAGGCCCAACUUCAGACAGAUGAAGCUGGAAAACGUGUCCGUCGCGUUGGAGUUCCUCGAAAGGGAGCACAUCAAGCUGGUGUCUAUAGACAGUAAAGCCAUAGUGGAUGGUAACCUGAAGCUGAUUCUAGGACUGAUAUGGACCCUCAUCCUGCACUACUCCAUCUCUAUGCCCAUGUGGGAGGACGAGGAAGACGAAGAUGCCAAGAAGCUCACUCCCAAGCAGCGACUCCUGGGCUGGAUCCAGAACAAAGUCCCUCAGCUGCCCAUCAACAACUUCCACCGCGAUUGGAGGGACGGAAAAGCUCUGGGAGCCCUGGUGGAUAACUGUGCCCCUGGUCUGUGUCCUGACUGGGAGAUGUGGGACCCCAAUCAGCCAGUGGAGAACGCUAGGGAGGCCAUGCAGCAGGCUGACGACUGGCUUGGUGUCCCUCAGGUUAUAGCUCCAGAGGAGAUUGUGGACCCAAAUGUGGACGAGCACUCCGUCAUGACUUACCUGUCUCAGUUCCCUAAAGCCAAGCUGAAGCCUGGUGCUCCACUGCGCUCCAAAACUUUGCAUCCUAAAAGAGCCAAAGCCUACGGCCCUGGCAUCGAGCCCAGAGGCAACAUGGUGUUAAAACCAGCUGAGUUUAUAGUUGAGACAGUAGAGGCGGGGCUUGGCGAGGUGCUGGUGUAUGUCGAGGAUCCUGAGGGUCACACGGAGGAGGCUCGAGUGAUCCCCAACAAUGACAAGAACAGAACCUACUCUGUAGUUUAUUUGCCCAAAGUGGAGGGUCUUCAUAAGGUGAAGGUGUUGUUUGCUGGGCAGGACAUUAAUAACAGCCCCUUCCUCGUGAAUGUCUCCAAAGCUCUGGGAGACCCCAACAAGGUGCAGGCACGUGGUCCAGGCUUGGAACCAGUGGGCAAUGUUGCCAACAAGCCCACAUACUUCGAUAUCUAUACUGCAGGUGCUGGUGCAGGUGACGUAGGAGUGAUCAUUGUAGAUUCUCAGGGUCGCAGGGACACGGUGGAGAUCAUACUGGAGAACCGAGGCGACAGCAUUUUCCGCUGCACAUAUGGCCCUAUAUUGGAAGGACCUCAUGUUAUUUAUGUAACAUUUGCUGGCCAGCAAAUUCCCAGAAGCCCUUUUACUGUGCACAUCUCAGAGGCUCUUCUGAGCAGCGUGCCAGCCGGGUCCCCGGUUCAGAUAAUCCCUCAGUCUAUUCGCACGCCACCCUCUGAAAAGUCCAAGAAAGUGCCCCCCCCAACGCCGCCCAAACCCAGGCGAGCAACGAGUAACCCGAACGCUUGCCGAGCCAUCGGGCGAGGUCUACAGCCCAAAGGUGUGCGUGUUAAGGAGGUGGCUGAUUUUAAAGUUUACACCAGGGGGGCAGGCAGCGGAGACCUGCGAGUCCUCAUCAAAAACCCAAAGGGUGGAGAUGAACCAGUGAAGGUGUCUGACUUGGGCGAUGGGGUGUACGAGUGUAACUACUACCCUGUUUUUCCUGGAAAAUACACUGUGAUCAUCACUUGGGGAGGACACGCAAUCCCACGCAGUCCAUUUGAGGUGUUGAUCAGUGAGGAGGCAGGACCUCAGAAGGUGAGAGCAUGGGGUCCAGGCCUGGAGACAGGCAUGGUUGGCAAAUCAGCUGACUUUGUUGUGGAAGCCAUCGGGACGGAGGUGGGAACUCUGGGUUUCUCCAUAGAAGGCCCGUCUCAGGCUAAGAUUGAGUGUGAUGAUAAGGGCGAUGGCUCCUGUGACGUUCUCUACUGGCCCACAGAGCCUGGCGACUAUGCUGUCCAUGUCAUCUGUGACGACGAGGACAUUAAAGACAGCCCCUUUAUGGCACAUAUCCUUCCUGCAGCCAAUGAUGUUUUUCCUGAGAAGGUGAAAUGUUAUGGUCCUGGUUUAGAGCCUACAGGCUGCAUAGUAAACAAACCAGCCGACUUUACUAUAGAUGCUCAGGGAGCAGGCAGGGGUCAGCUGAAGAUCUACGCUCAGGACUCUGAAGGUUACCCUAUUGACAUCCAAAUUACAGACAAUGGUGACGGAACAUUCUUUUGCAUCUACAUCCCUACAAAACCCAUCAAACACACCAUCAUCAUCACCUGGGGCGAGGUCAAUGUACCCAACAGUCCAUUCAGGGUGAACAUCGGAGAGGGCAGCCACCCUGAGAAUGUAAAGGUGUAUGGACCGGGUGUGGAGAAAAGUGGCCUGAAAGCCAAUGAACCCACCUAUUUCACUGUGGACUGCAGCGAGGCUGGACAAGGAGAUGUGAGCAUUGGGAUCAAGUGCGCUCCCGGAGUGGUAGGCUCUGCCGAGGCCGACAUCGAUUUCGACAUUAUCAAAAACGACAACGACACCUUCACUGUCAAAUACACACCACCAGGCCCUGGACGAUACACAAUCAUGGUGUUGUUUGCAGAUCAGGAGAUACCCAUCAGCCCCUUCCGUAUUAAAGUGGAUCCCUCUCAUGAUGCCAAUAAAGUCAGAGCAGAGGGUCCGGGACUGUGCAAGACUGGUGUGGAAGUGGGCAAGCCAACACACUUCACGAUCUACACUAAAGGAGCAGGCAAGGCCACGCCAGAGGUGCACUUUACUGGAGCGCUUAAAGGAGAGGCUGUCAGUGACUUUGAGAUCAUCGAUAACCACGAUUACUCCUUUACUGUCCGCUACACUGCGCUACAGCAGGGUAAUAUGAGCAUUUCUGUGUGCCAUGGAGGUGACGCCAUCCCUAAAAGCCCCUUUGUUAUUACUGUUGCUCCUCCACUGGACCUCAGCAAGGUCAAAGUCCAAGGACUUAACACCAAAGUGGAUGUUGGAAAAGACCAGGAGUUCACCAUUAACACACGUGGAGCUGGAGGCCAGGGCAAAGUGGAUGUGAAAAUCCUCUCACCUUCUCGUCGGCCAAUCCCGUGCAAGGUUGAGUCUGGACCUGCCAAUGAAGUGCAUUCUGUGAAGUACAUUCCACCAGAGGAAGGACCCUACAAAGUGGACAUCAGUUAUGAUGAGAACCCUGUGCCAGGAAGCCCCUUUACUGUGGAAGGGGUCAUGCCUCCUGACCCCUCUAAAGUGCGAGCCUAUGGCCCAGGCCUGAGAGGAGGAAUUGUGGGUAAACCAGCUCCAUUUGCCAUAGACACCAAAGGUGCCGGCACUGGUGGACUAGGCCUGACAGUGGAGGGCCCCUGUGAGGCCAAGAUUGAGUGCCAGGAUAAUGGAGACGGCUCCUGCUCCGUAUCCUAUUUGCCCACUGAGCCUGGCGAAUACGCUAUCAACAUCCUGUUUGCUGAUCAGCAUGUUCCUGGCUCCCCAUUCAAAGCCAUGGUGCAGUCUGUUUUUGACCCAAGCAAGGUGACGGUUAGUGGUCCAGGUUUAGAGAGGGGCAAAGUGGACGAGGCUGCAUCCUUUACAGUGGACUGUUCCAAAGCUGGGGAUGCUGAUCUCACCAUUGAGAUCAUCUCAGACUCGGGUGCCCAGGCUCAAGUGCACAUCCAGAACAACAGUGACGGCACAUACUCCAUCACCUACGUGCCCCCCUUCCAUGGAAUGUACACCAUCACCAUUAAAUAUGGAGGACAUGCUGUGCCAAAAUUUCCUGCCUGUGUCCAGGUGGAUCCUGCUGUCAACACCAGCGGGAUCAAAGUCUAUGGACCAGGAGUUGAACCCAGAGGGGUCCUCCGAGAGGUCACGACACACUUUAUUGUGGACACACGCACUCACAAUCUGACCGGAGGAAACCACAUCAAAGCUUGUAUCAUUAACCCUUCAGGUUCCAACACAGAUGCGUACAUCACCGAUAAAGCAGAUGGGACCUACAGAGUGGAGUACACGGCUUAUGAGGAUGGUGUGCACCUGAUCGAGGUGUUGUAUGAUGACGUGCAGGUUCCUAAGAGCCCGUUUAGAGUGUCAGUAGCUGAAGGCUGUGACCCGAGUCGUGUGCGGGCGUACGGACCAGGUCUGGAAGAGGGUCUCGUCAACAAAUCCAACUGUUUCACCGUGGAGACCAGGGGUGCUGGUACAGGUGGCCUGGGCUUGGCCAUCGAGGGCCCGUCCGAGGCUAAGAUGUCCUGUAAGGAUAAUAAAGAUGGCAGUUGUAGCGUGGAGUACAUUCCUUUCACUCCUGGAGAGUAUGAUGUUAACAUCACAUUCGGAGGCCUUCCCAUCCCAGGCAGUCCAUUCAGAGUCCCAGUUCGAGAACUGGUGGAUCCCAGUAAGGUGAGGUGUUCUGGCCCAGGCCUGGGAAAUGGCGUACGAGCUCAUGUUCCACAAACCUUUACUGUGGACUGCAGUAAUGCUGGCUUGGCCCCACUAGAGGUUUUGCUCUAUAGCCCAACUGGAGCGACAGAGCCGGUUAACAUUACAGACAACGGUGAUGGUACUCACACUGUGAUGUACACCCCCUCCAAGGACGGGCCUUACACCGUUUAUGUCAAAUAUGCUGACCAAGAAGUACCACGCAUUCCCUUUAAGGUAAAAGCCCUGCCUGCUCAUGAUGCUAGUAAAGUUCGUGCCAGCGGACCUGGUCUGAACGCCGCUGGGGUCCCUGCAAGCCUUCCAGUAGAAUUCACCAUCGAUGCCCGUGAUGCCGGUGAAGGACUCCUUACUGUCCAAAUCCUGGAUCCAGAGGGAAAGCCAAAGAAAGCGAACAUCAGGGAUAACAGAGAUGGAACCUACACGGUGUCCUAUGUGCCUGACAUGACAGGCCGCUACACCAUCACUAUCAAAUAUGGCGGAGAUGAGAUUCCGUUCUCUCCAUACCGCAUCCAUGCGCUGCCCACUGGAGACGCCAGCAAGUGUUUGGUUACAGUCUCCAUUGGAGGACAUGGCCUGGGCUCUGGACUCGGACCCACCAUUCAGAUCGGUGAGGAAACCGUCAUCACUGUAGAUGCAAAGGCUGCUGGGAAAGGAAAAGUCACAUGUAAAGUGUCAACCCCCGACGGUGCUGAACUGGACGUGGACGUGGUCGAGAACUCAGACGGAACGUUCGAUAUCUACUACACGGCACCAGACCCGGGGAAAUACAUCAUCACCAUCCGCUUUGGAGGAGAGCACAUCCCCAACAGCCCUUUCCAUGUGGUGGCGUGUGAUACCGUUCCUAUAAUAGAGGAGCCGUGCGAUAAAGUGCAGUUACAGCAGCCCUACUCGCCUUACCAGGGCUACUCCCCUCACUGGGCCACAGAGGAACCCGUGACAGCCAUCAAUGGCAUAGAGCCAAUGCUUCGACCCUUCAGUCUCGUCAUCCCGUUUACGGUGCAGAAAGGAGAGAUCACAGGUGAGGUACGAAUGCCUUCUGGGAAGACAGCCCGGCCUCACAUCACAGACAAUAAGGACGGCACGGUGACGGUGAAAUACGCCCCCACUGAGAAAGGCCUGCACGAGAUGGACAUCAAGUAUGAUGGCAACCACAUACCAGGAAGUCCACUGCAGUUCUACGUCGAUGCCAUAAACAGCGGUCAUGUGACUGCUUAUGGGCCUGGCCUGAGUCACGGCAUGGUUAACAAACCUUCAAUCUUUACCAUUGUCACCAAGGAUGCAGGAGAAGGUGGACUGUCUCUGGCAGUAGAAGGUCCGUCUAAAGCAGAGAUCAGCUGUAAAGACAAUAAAGACGGCACCUGUACUGUCUCCUACCUGCCCACUGCACCAGGAGACUAUAACAUCCUCGUCAAAUUUGACGACAAGCACAUUUCUGGGAGCCCAUUUACAGCUAAGAUUACAGGAGAUGACUCCAUGAGAACCUCCCAGUUGAACGUGGGCACAGCGACAGACGUGUCCCUAAAGAUAACAGAGACGGACCUGAGCUCUCUCACCGCAAGCAUCCGAGCGCCGUCUGGUAACGAAGAGCCUUGUCUGCUCAAGAGACUCCCUAACCGUCACAUCGGGAUCUCCUUCACUCCUAAGGAAGUCGGCGAGCACGUGGUGAGCGUGAAGAAGAACGGCAAACACGUGACCAAUAGCCCCUUCAAAAUCAUGGUGGGGCAGUCGGAGAUCGGAGACGCCAGCAAAGUGAAAGUGUUCGGAAAAGGUCUGGUGGAGGGACACACCUAUGAGGUGGCCGAGUUCAUCGUAGACACCAGAAAUGCAGGUUACGGUGGUCUGGGUCUUUCCAUCGAAGGUCCCAGCAAAGUGGACAUUAACUGUGAAGACAUAGAGGAUGGGACAUGCAAAGUGACCUACUGCCCUACAGAGCCAGGCACCUACAUCAUCAACAUCAAGUUUGCGGACAAGCACGUGCCAGGAAGUCCAUUCACAGUGAAGGUGUUGGGGGAAGGCAGGAUGAAGGAAAGCAUCACCCGGAGAAGGCACGCUCCAUCUAUCGCUACUGUAGGUAGCACCUGUGACCUCAACCUCAAAAUCCCAGGAAACUGGUUUCAGAUGGUGUCGGCCCAAGAAAGGCUAACGCGCACCUUCACGCGCAGCAGCCACACAUACACGCGCACCGAGCGCACUGAGAUCAGCAAGACACGGGCAGGAGAAACCAAGCGUGAAGUGCGUGUGGAGGAGAGCACGCAGCUUGGAGGAGAUCCCUUCAGAGACGUGUUUGGAGGCUUCAUGGGGCCCUUCAGUGGCGUCCAGUCGCGCCAACCUGAGGAUGAGAGUAGUACUCAGGAGAUGACGGCUCAGGUGACAAGCCCUAGUGGAAAAAUGGAGGACGCAGAGAUCAUCGAGGGUGAAAACAGCACCUACAGUGUUCGCUUUGUUCCCCAGGAGAUGGGCCCUCACACUGUCAACGUCAAAUACCGCGGCCAGCACGUUCCCGGCAGCCCCUUCCAGUUCACAGUAGGUCCGCUCGGGGAAGGAGGAGCUCAUAAAGUGCGUGCAGGUGGUACCGGUCUCGACCGAGGAGUAGCAGGAGUUCCAGCGGAGUUCAGUAUCUGGACGCGUGAAGCAGGUGCUGGUGGUUUAUCUAUCGCUGUGGAGGGACCCAGUAAAGCUGAGAUCUCGUUUGAAGACAGGAAGGACGGCUCCUGCGGCGUGGCAUACGUGGUUCAAGAGCCUGGUGACUAUGAGGUGUCAAUCAAAUUCAAUGAUGAGCACAUCCCAGACAGUCCGUUCAUCGUUCCCAUAGCAACUCUUUCAGACGACGCACGGAGACUUACAGUUACUAGCCUCCAGGAAACAGGUUUGAAAGUAAACCAGGAAGCGUCGUUUGCAGUGCAGCUGAACGGGGCAAGGGGUAUGAUUGAUGCCAAGGUUCACACACCCUCCGGUGCAGUGGAGGAGUGCUACAUCACAGAACUAGACAAUGACAAACAUGCAAUUCGCUUCAUCCCACGUGAGAACGGUGUCCACUCCAUUGACGUGCGCUUCAAUGGAAGCCACAUUCCUGGUAGCCCCUUUAAGAUCCGCGUGGGAGAACCGGGACAAGCCGGAGACCCAGGCAUGGUGUCUGCUUUUGGCCCAGGACUGGAGGGAGGAACUACAGGUGUGCCCUCUGAAUUCAUUGUCAACACAGUCAAUGCUGGAACCGGAGCUCUCUCUGUCACCAUUGACGGACCCUCGAAGGUAAAGAUGGACUGCCAAGAGUGUCCUGAGGGUUACAAGGUCAUGUACACACCCAUGGCUCCCGGCAGCUACCUUAUCUCUAUCAAAUAUGGUGGACCACAGCAUAUCGUCGGCAGCCCGUUUAAAGCUAAAGUCUCUGGUCAACGUCUGUCUGGGGGACACAGUCUCCAUGAGACCUCAUCUGUGCUAGUGGAGACCGUCACUAAGUCAUCCACCAUGGCUGGUUCUUUUGCCUCUUUGCCCAAAUUUUCAUCUGAUGCCAGCAAAGUGGUGUCCCGAGGGUCAGGUCUCUCUAAAGCCUUCAUCGGACAGAAGAACACCUUCACAGUAGACUGCAGUAAAGCUGGGACAAACAUGCUGAUGGUGGGUGUGCACGGGCCAAAGACUCCGUGUGAAGAGGUCUAUGUCAAGCACAUGGGUAACAGGAUGUACAAUGUCACAUAUACAGUCAAGGAGAAAGGAGACUACAUCCUCAUCGUCAAAUGGGGUGAUGAGAUGGUGCCUGGAAGCCCCUUCCAUGUCACAGUGCCUUAAUAUGGACUUACCCCACAGUCCCUCUCUCUUAUAUCAGAGACUUGGUUGUCUGUCCUGAAGGAAAGACAGCACUCACUGACAGUGCCAAAUUAUUUCACACAUUUCUGUCUCACCGUUUGGAUCAGCAAUCGAGACAAAACAUCACAUCAGUGUAUUGCUUAGUUUCCGUGCCAAACACGCAGGCUACAUGUUCGCGUGCUAUCCACCCGCUGUUUUUAUAAGAUCGUUGAUUCAUCAGUGUUAUUUCCGUGGCUCUUUUUUUCCUGCUCAUAGUAUUUUUUGUACUUUCUAUUUUUGUGAUGCUAGAGAAUGUAUGUGAAGUGAGUGAAUGUCUAAACAGCCAAAUAGAUUGACGUGCUAUUAAAAAAAAUAUAAAUAUCUGCUUAAACAUCAAGUACCCUAAAAUGACUGAAGCCACUUCCACUUUUAUUUAUUUAGUCCACUUUCUCUCUUUCCUCCGCAACACAUCUUAUAUUUGGGAGAAAUGAAAGGUCCUCAGUUUUAAGGCUUUAGUUCUUGGUUGAGAGGAGAAACAUGGCUCCAGAUUAAACUCAUCCUGAUUUUUCCUUGCUGUGCCUUCUGACAACAUUGCAUGAUCUGGCAAGAGAGACUUUUUUACCACUUAUCAUGGGAAUGUUUGAAAAACCCAUAGACGUUUAAGCAAAGCAGUAUUAAUGAGUGCCAUUUUAUAGUGAUUUUAUAUGGAUGAAAUAAGUGAUGUGUAUGGAAACAACUUACCCUGUUUGUUGAUUCUGUGCAGGUAUAUUAAAAUUUUAUUUGCUAUUUUGCCAUUCAAAAAA